GUUAUCGACACUAUCGUCAUCUCUGUCCGGAGUUUUCUCCCUCUUGUCAGUGCGCGUUUAAAACUCAGAUUGUGUCCUCAUAUCAACAUGUUUCCAGCAGCAAGUGGUCGCUUGGGUUAAACUUCGCUCUAUAGACAUGCAGCUGCAUUUCUCGGUCUCCCAUCCCCUCUCCUCUCCUCGGCGAGGACGCAGCAGGGCAGUGCGCUUGGCUGAGCAGCGCUGAAAGAAGCAAAGCGUGGAGGAGAAGAAGAGUUCACUAAACUCAGAACAAAGGGAUUGGGGAUUUUAUUUGUCUGCUUUCAAGAGGUCACCUCUACAGUGCCUGUACAGUGAGUGAAAGAGCAACAAGCAACUGCAGGGCACCAUCAGUGGCCCAAACCCCAUUACUGCAGUAUGGGCAACUUUUCCAGCAAGGACAGCCAUGGAGCCACAGGGGCCCAUGGGGAUAUUUUCCACACUCCUCCUGCGUCUCCACAGGGUGAUGGGCCUCCUUUCGUGCCAGGUGUCCCUCAGCUCCUUCACCCUGCCUCACCACAACCUUCCUCUUCUGCCCCAGUUUCAUCUCCACCUCCAGUCCCACUCCUCACAUCCAGUGGGAAGAAAGCGCCAUCUAGCAGCCCUACCACUUGCAGUCCCCCUCCUGAUUGGAGGCCUCAUCCACCAGUCAGUUCGAAUAGCUCCGCCAUUGGCCCUGGAGUUAGCCAGGUGCACAGCAAGCCAGGAAGUACAGGGAUUAAAGGACAAGCCGCUUUAGGGAGAAAUGGGGGUCCUCCUACCUCCACCCCUCGGACUCUGGUCUUCCAGGGGAAGACUGUGGCUGUCUGCCCUACGAAGACCCCCUCUCCCCUGUGUAGUGCCUCACCUGUGGUGGGCAGCUCUUCAGCGCAGAACUGGAGAGAAAGGGACAGUGGUCUGAGUCAGUCUUUACUCCCCAGUCAUGAAUCUGAGGACAGCCAGGGUGAGGAACUGGAGAAGCUGCUGGAGGAGUGUAGGACAACACUGGGUAUCACUGGCAGCCAGGAGGGGGCCACGAACACAACAGAGAUACUGAAGGAUCUACUGACAGAAGUGAAGAGUUUGAAGAGUACUUUGCAGACGGAGCGUGGGGAAUGGCUGCAGUUCCAGGCUGACCUACAAGUGGCGGUGUCAGUGGCAGACCGCCUGAGAGCCGAGGCAGAAGAAGAGCUGACUGCGCUCCGAACAGCGCACAAGGAUGUUGAGAGGGAGCUGGCUGCUGCCCAGCAGAGGCAGAAGGAGGCCGAUAUGCAACUGGUCACCCUAAGAGGGGAGUUAAAGGAGAGCAGGCAGAGACUGGCUACUCUCACCCAGGCUCAAGGCAAAACUGACACCCAGGAUCCAUGUCAGGAACCAGUGCGGCCCAAUGGAGAACCAACCAACAGCUCACAAAGCACAGAAGGGACCCAGAGGGGCAGGGAGAAGGGGGUGUACAAGUUGGGACGAGAAGGGGUGGAAAGCAGGGGUCAGAACGAAGUGACGAAGGAUGUUGCAAGCGAGGAGGCUAGAACAGACUGUAAAGGUGUGACUAAGCGUUACCUCAGAAAUGUGACCAAUGAGGAUAGGAGUGGAGAGGAGGGGCGAUCCAACGAGACACGAAGGACAUUAACCACUGAGAGGUCGAGAAGCCUGUCCAGAUUACCUGCUUCUUCAGACACCCCCACCAUGCAGAAUGGAACUUCCCAGUCCAGUACUCCAUCAACAGCUGGACCCACAAACAAGAACUUGGGGCAACUAAGAGGCAGAAGAAGUCUGGAUUGGCAAGACAGCAGGUUAAACACUGACACAGGAAAACGUGAGGACUCUCUAAACAAGUACAACUCUUCCCUCACUGAGCUGCCUCCCAUCAAGUCCCAGGAUGGUUUCAACCUGCUGCUGCGUCGCCACGGAGGAUCAAAGAGAAACUCACUGCUUCGCUGGUGUCAGAGCCGAACACAAGGCUACAAGAAUAUUGACAUCACAAACUUCAGCAGCAGCUGGGCCGAUGGUCUCGCCUUCUGUGCCGUCUACCAUACCUACCUCCCUUCACACAUCCCUUACAGCACUCUUACUCCAGAGAGCAAGAGAGAGAAUCUCAACCUGGCAUUCAAAACAGGGGAGACUGUUGGGAUUGCACAAACUCUGACGGUAGAGGAGAUGCUGAGAGCAGGCGGUCCUGACUGGCAGAGGGUCCUGAGCUACGUGGAGAGCAUCUACCGUCACUUUGAGAUGUGACUGCUGGAGGUACUGACUUACAAUCCCACCACAGUGGAUCCUUAAGGACUCUUCAAAGGAAGCAACACAAGUUGGCUCCCUGAAUACUAUACUAUACUUUUGUUGCUUGUCUGGAAACUGGAGAAACUGACGUUCUUCUGUUAGCAAAAAAGACAUUCAAAGCUUCAAUUUUCAACUUUUUCGACAUUAAAAUAUUUUUUUCUGCUUGUGUUAAGUGUAGCAUAUCUUAGAAAUAACAAUGGCAAAAACUUGUUUGGUUGUCUCCAUUUAUUUUUUAUUGUGACUUAACAGAUGCUGGCUCAGGCAAGGAAAAAUAAAGUGUGUUAAUUGUUAGUGCAUUGCAUAUACUUUCAGUAUUUAUUGAAAAAUACGUACUGUUACUUCAUACAGUCCACUAUGAAGAAUGAAGCAUGCAUUAUGAUUACAUACAAACACAUUUUCACAGCCAAGCGUAUGUUUAUGUAACACUGGACGAAAGUCUUUCCUGUCCUUAUUUUAUCAAUACAUUAUUAAAUAAUAUAUACAUUGAUACCUGAAACAUAAAAAAGUACUUAAGAAAUUUGAUUUUGCUACUGUGGAUCGAAGUUCCAUCUGCUUUGUUUUCUGUCACACAUUACAGAAAAUGUCUUCUGGCCAGGUGGAAGUGACAAGGUGCAAAGUAUUGAUUGGUUUACUGCCAUCGGCUCCACAGUCAGUUUUACAUUUUUGUUGUUGUAUGCAUUCUUAUAUUUUUAAAACACUUAAUCAGCUGACAUUUGGCAUACAUCAGUAGUGUGAAGAAUUCAGAUGCAGUGAAAGUAUACAGCUUAUCAGACUGAGUGAAAUGUGUAGAGGUGAGAACCUGACCAACUGAGGAGGGGAAAAUUAACAAAACCCCACCUUUUAAUACAAAAAGUUAAAUAUAGUAGCUUUCAGAAUAAAGACUACUGUUGAGCACCA